GCGAUGGCGGCUGCCUUACCUCCGGAGUGGCUGGAAGAAGAGCUAACCUGCCCCGUCUGCCUCCAAAUCUACACCGAUCCGGUGAUACUCAACUGCAAACACAGCUUUUGUCGAGCUUGUAUUGAGGAGUCCUGGAAGGAGCCGGAAUCUGGCACUUACUCCUGCCCGGAAUGCAGAGCAAAUUACAGCGAGCGGCCUGUUCUGAAAAGGAAUUUCAAACUAGCCAACAUAGCUCUGAAAUAUCAGGCAGUGAAUGGAACUCCAGUGGCUUUACCCUGUAACUACUGCACCAGGAAAAAACUGACAGCUGUCAAAACCUGCCUGAAAUGUGAAGCCUCUAUGUGCGCUAAACACCUCAAACACCACAGGGAGAAUGCUGUGUUCAAAAAUCACCCGCUGAUAGAUCCCACUGCAGACAUGUCUACCUGGAAGUGCAUAGAGCACAAGAAGCUGCUGGAGAUUUACUGCAAGGACGACAAAGUGUGCAUCUGCUGCCUCUGCCCUGUCGUGGGGAAACACAAGAACCACAACUGUGUCAGCAUCAGUGAGGGAGAGCAGGAGCUGCGGGACCACUUGCAGCAGCAAAUAGAGAAGGUCAGAACAAAUACAACCUCCAUCCAAGCUGCACUUGACCAUCUCCAGACCCAGAAGGAUAACACCCAGACUCUGAUCAGAGAAACCAAAAUUCAAGUUCAGGAGAAGUGUAAUGCAAUACGGAAGUAUUUUGAAAAUGAAGAAAAAGAAGCAUUUAAGUACCUCGACAGAGUGCAGAGGCGUGUGACUGGAGAAAUCGAUGCUCAGAUUCUCGAACUGGAAAAUAAAAUGGAAGCCUUUGAGAAAAAUCUGUCUGAUUUCAGUGAUCUCUUAACGAAGAAUGAAAAGCUGAUUUUCAUCCAGGGGUUUAAUUCAAUGGGACUGAGAAUAAAAGAAGCAUCUGAACCACUAGCACCGCAGCCACCUCCUCCCGAUGUCAAUAAAAUAACAGCAGAUAAGAUAAACUGGGUACAGAAACAGUAUGAAAUGGUUUCCCGGCUCGAGAGGGAUCGAGACAUAAUGGUAUCCGUGUAUGGACAGACACCGACUCUAGAUGUGGAAACGGCACAUCGUAGUGUCAUUCUGUCAGACGAUAAGAGGGUAGCGUCUGGAUCUCAGUACAGACAGCCCUAUCUCGCCCAUCGGAAGAGAUUUGACGCCUGGGGGCAGGUGCUCUGCUCCGAGGGAGUCAACAGCGGUCGCUCUUAUUGGGAAGUGGAGAUUGCAGGGGCUCGUGGCAAAUGGGCAAUUGGGGUCUGUUAUGGCAGCAUAAAGCGAAAGGGCCGGGAUAAAGAGUGUUUGCUGGGGGAGAGCAGUAAGUCAUGGAUUGUGUGCUCUGGGAUUAACAAUACUUUGUGGAGUUACUUAUCAGGGUCACGCUCCAUUUUAGCUCAGCACAGUGGUGAUAUCACAGAUCUAACUGUUCAAAUAUCCUCCAGAGUGGGAGUGUUUGUGGAUUUUGAUGCUGGAAUAAUUUCCUUUUACAAUGUAUCAGGCAGCAAGCUAAGUUUGAUAUGCACGUUCCAGCAGCAAACAUUCUCUGAAACUCUCUACCUAGCACUGAGAGUUGGUGAUUGGAACACAUCUCUGUCCCUAUGUUCCCUCAACUGAUUUCUUUUUUAUAUUUUGUUAGCAUUUUAUUCUCAGAAUACUUUCCUCAAAAAUAGGAAGAACAUGAAUUGGGAUGGUUAAGCGUUGUUUCCUUUGAAAUUGUAACCCCAAAACACCUGAGGUUUUGCAGUUAUGCUAGCCGACAGUAUGAUGGGCUGGCCUUGCUAAAGCCUGAAGGACUAGUCACCAAUCACUUGAAACAGGCUCCCAUUGCCCAGGAAACGAGAGCUGCGGGCUUAGCCCGGCAAUCAGUAAUGCCCUAGGAAAAGUUAGUAAAGAAAUUAAGAAAGUAUGCAAAAAAUGGUGGAAUCUCCAUCAAUUCAAUCCGGAAGUUAAAAAUCCCUGCUUCUACAAAAAGGCACACAUUGGGGGUGAAAUUGUUCUUGGGUGGUUGUGCAGAACAAGCAAUAAUGAACAAAUACCCCACACCCCCACUUUUCUAUUUCAUUGACUUCCCCCAUUGGAGUUUGCCCAAACAAUAUGAGUGUUGGUUUGAACUUUUCAUUGCCAUAACUCUAAGAGGCAAAUUAAGCAGAGUUUUGUGUGGUAGGUUGAUAGCUUGGUAACAUGUUCAGACUAUCACUACUGAUGACAGUUCCAUGAUGAAUUCCUCUUUCCUUAGCCAUCCUUAUCCAUAACUGUCUUUUCUCACCCAGUCUCAGUUUCUGAGUUAUUAUCUCUCUUGUUCUAUCACAUCCUGGUGUAACAUUUCAGGCUUUCUAAGUUAAGUCCAGGGUUAUUGCUUUUCCUCCCUCCUGAAUUGUGUCUUCCAAUCAUCCGAGGAUCUUUGGACCUGGCUCUCCCUGCAAGUUCACCGUCUCCACUGCCAGGGUAUUUGUUACUGGGCCGGCUCAUGGUUUCUUCUGCUGUGACCCUGUCUUAAAUCUUGAAAGUCAAUGUCUUCAGCAUCAAACUGCAGUGUUAUUUGUCACAGCGGAGGUGAAUCAUCACUGGGCCUUCUAGUCAGCUGAGAUCCUUAAAUCUCUUUGGGAACUUCCACCCCAGCAUCUCUCACAGAACUUUUAAAUUGGACUGAAUCCUCUAAACUUAUUGAUAAUUUUUUUUCCGCUUGCUCAAGCCUACAGAGCAGAAGUUGCCACUCCUGGGACAUGCUCUGCCGGUUUUUUUAGACUGUUUUGACGUCUUUUGCCUUGUUGGUCCCCUAGUUGCUACAUUCUCCUUUGCAGCCUCUUCCCCAAACUCGUACAUGGUUGCCUAAGGUUCAGCCUACUUCUCCACAGCUCUCCAGCCAAAACAGCAUUCCUUAACUGAUCUCCUCGUUCAAUUUUCACAGUCACUGACUGCGACCCUUUUAUCUGGUCACCUGGCCCAGACUGAAUCCGACUGUGUAAAAUCUCGGUGUCAUGAUCAAUCUGGAACUCAGCUUCAAGGCCCACAUUUUAUUCAGCACUCAGACUGCUAGCUUCCAUCUCUGCAGGGAUACAUGUCUCAGGCUCUCUCCUGCCAAAAUCUUUAUUUGAUUUAAAAGGGUGAUGUUCUAAUCCACUGCAACAUGCAGUCCUUGAGGUGAAAUGUCUGUGCUGACGCAAGCACCAUCCAGUCCUAGAUAUAAAAGAUCAGUGUGCUAACAGAUGCGUCAUCUAAUCCACAACCAUUGAAGAUUUAGAGGUUCUGAUCCAUGCUGGUGAUAUGAAAAUGCCACUUCACUUCACAUCACUUCCUCUCAUCUUAUGGAUGAGGAGCCCCUGUCAUUUUACUGUCCGUCUUCCUGUCUUUCCAGCAGCCGUUAACUCAGAAAAAUGAAACACAUAUCAACCUCUUCCAUCUGUAUGUAAAAUACAACUUCAGUCAUUUGAGACAAUGGUUGUAGAAUUUUCCCAAACUUUUCAAAUGAUGGCUUUUUCCAUAUUGUUAUCUUUCCAACUUCCUUAGUUUCAACAGCAUAUCAGCGUACAAUCAAUUUAAUAAUUUAAAUAAUCAAUUAUUUAAUAAUUUAAACUUGUCAUCACAUGUCAUAAGGAAUGUUUCCACUUAGACUGUGGAUUCUUUUUGAUGUUGACUGAAGUGAAGAGAGUUCUUAUGUGCUAUUAUUUUUCCAGUGAACAAUAUACUCUCAAUUCUUUAAAAUAUUACUAGGUGUCAGCCACUUCCCUGGUGUUUUUUGGAAUUACUCAGUGGGACCAAUAAUAUGGUCUCCAUAACAAAAACAGAAUUACCUGGACAAACUCAGGUCUGGCAGCAUCGGUGGAGAAGAAAAGAGUUGAC